AUGUCAUUGGAUGAGUUAUUACCUAACACAAAUGAUAUUAGCAAUCCAGCAUGUUUUGAGGAAAUAUUAAUAAGGUUAGAAUGUAUAACUGCAGAAGACGAAGAAUUUAUGCAGUUAUUAGUUGAUAAGCUGAAAGACGCGGUAAUAACUUGGGAUCAACCUUGGUAUCAACGUUCUAACUGUCUUACGCGCGCUUUUAAAGAGACAAAUGUUGAACCAUCAUGCUCACUUGAAGAGUACCAUACAGAUUCAAUUACAAAAGCAGAAAGUGAUCGUAUGGAAAAAAAUUGGCGAAAAUUUAGAAAGCAGUUUGAUAUCCCAGAUAAGUUAGCAUCUUUUGCAAGAUGGAAAAACAAAGAUAAAAGUAGAAAUCCUAAUACACCUGAAGAAAGUGUAAGACGGUUUGUAACUGCAUAUCUAGCUCGAGGCCUUAAAAGAAAUCUUCAUCAAGUUUACAGACACAUAGUAACUCAUUUAAGCAAUCCAGUAAGAGGACCGUAUUCACCAACUGAGGAAAAGUUAAUGGAAAUUUGUUUUCAACAUAAGCCUACUCAUGCAGUUACAUAUUUAUCAAUGAUACUUAGCAGAGAACCUAGAGGUAUUUAUAAAAGACUUCAGCAAAAGUAUAAAGGUAAACCUUUGAAAAAAAAGUUAAAAUGGACCUUACCACUAGCCAGCAAGUUUGUGAAUUUGCUCAUUCAAUAUUCAAAGAGUUCUUCUAUUGAAGAAUUAAAAAAUAGAAGAUUUGAGAAGUCUGUUUGGCUCAAUUUAGAAAAGGAUAUGGAUCAACAGUAUAUAUAUUUACAGAAGUUUUGGUAUGACGCAUUACAUGUACAGAUUUUUGUAAAAGAGAAUGUUACAUUAAAUGGUUUAAGGAAAAAAGUUUUCACCAUAUUGCAGGAUAGUUCCUAUCAAGUAUGGCGUGACAUUCGGUGGAAAGAGCUACUGAAUUUCUUUCCAGAUGGUUUUACUCACACAUUUUUAUACAAGAUUUCUUUAAACAUAUUCAGAAGCAAUCUGCUUUGUUUGAAGCAACCACUUACGAAAAUUUUAGAAUAUGCUUUCUAUAAGAUAAGGAUCAACCAUCGAAAUAAACAAUUAAGAAAUUUAAUUCAUAAAGAUGGUUAUCUAAAUGUAAUCCAUUAUAAUAAUGUCAAUUCAAAGAAAUGA